GUCGCAAUGUGUUAUUGAUGAUGAGUUCUAAACCAUAACUACGUGUAAGGAUAUGGUAGUCGGUUUGAUCCGGCGCAUCUAUGAUGAUUUCGAAAUCAUGACGUUAGACUUGUAGAAUUAUAUAUACCAUACAACCCUUAUAUAAUGAGCCGCAUUGAUCUAACCUCCUAUCUACUUCAUCUCAUCUCAAUCAGAAAUCUUGUCCUGAAGACUAAAAAUCACUUGAGAUUAAUGACAACCGCCCAGUUUGAAGCUACUAAGAAUUAAUUUACUACUCAAAAUUAGUCAAUACAUCAUUACCUACGAAGAUGCUGCCCAGGAUAUCUAGAUCACGCUUCCGUAGGGCGGGCCGCUUCAAUACGCCUUCCCAACUCCCCUCUGCUUACACACGUUCGUUCGCCUCAUCAACAUCCCACUUAGCUAUCAAAGCGGACCAAACGAAGAAAGGGAAUGACCCCUCGUCGGAACAGAAGGAAGAGCACCAUGAACAAGCUACACAGACAGCAUCUAGUGAAAGCCGCGAACAUCCCGCCAAGCAACCGGAUCCGCAGCCAAGUCCGAGCAAGUCGACCGGUGUAAGGUCCGAGGGACCUGGGGAAUCAAAGGCGGGAGAGGGGGUUGAUCGGGGUGUUCAUAAGGAAAGGGGAGCUGGAGCGGGUCAGCAUAGGGGAUAAUUAGUAGGUAUUUUAUCAUCUAUAUAGUUCUUAAAAAUGCAUCUCAGUGUAUAAUCCGAAGUGAAGGUGUUCGUGGAAACGGAGAGUUCGGAGCUAUGACGAUUAGAUUAGAUCGGAGAAUAGAGCCACAACGAGGAAUCAACUAGCCUCGUCACGCGGCUUGUUUCCUU